AUGUCGACCUCCAGUUUCAACCCUGAGAAUGCGAUCCUAGCCUACCUCCAGACAUUGGCCGAGACCAAAAAGGGCCUUCCUCAUGGAAUACCCGUCUGUGUCUUUGCGUCGCACACAAUCACCGACACGGCGUCUCUCUUGCGGCUGGCCGCAGAAAUCGGCCCCUUCAUUGGUGUGCUACAAAUCCAAGCGAAUAUUAUUGACGACUGGUCCAACCACACGAUCGAGCAAUUGAUAUAUUUGGCCAAGAGGUAUGGGUUUUUGCUGUGGGAGGGAAGCCGGUUUCUGAACGCCAGUGUCAACUUCAUGAGCCGGGCGGACGCCGGUUGGGAAACGCAGAAGUUUUUGGCCGACACCGUCCGGAGGCAAUAUACCAAUGGCCCCAUCAAAUCGGCAACAUGGUCGAACCUGACGACUAGUUGGGCUCCCGGUGUCAGGCUGGACCAGCAAGCAGAGGAUGUGAUGAUCCCCACGCUCAGGAAAGCCGGGCGUGAGGCUGUCGCAAACACUAUAAAAACCAUCCAGACGGAGAUCUCGGUCGAGGGCAAUGAAUAUUUCCCUGACGUAAACGAGAUUGUGGAAUCUCCGUCCGGUACCACCGAUGGCUGGCAAGAAUUUUCCCCCACUGGCUUGGGAGUUUCGAUGCGCAAAAAGUCGACCAUUUCGGUCACAGAGACCGUGACCCCAGAGCCGAACGUUCAACCGGAAGAUGGUGUCCCGCCUCCACCACUACUGGCGCGCGGCAUCACGCUCUGCUUGCCUAGUGCCACCGAUGCCGCGUUCCGGCCCGAGUACCGACAAAGCAGUGUGGCCGCGGCAUGCGCCCAUCAAGACUUUGUCGUGGGAUUUGCGACGAGUGAGCCAUUUUUUGUCAAUUUCCGCGGAAACGAUAUUUUCGAAAUUGCUUUCCUAGAUGGGAACGGAGAGGAAAACGAGGAAAUGGAUCGCGCUCAACUUUUGAAUUCACCCACCAUUCAUUCGCGACAUUCGCUUGUCCUCUUUUCCCUCGUUCCACCCAGCCUUGCUGUGGGCUUUGAAAUAGACCCGAUUCUCGGGGUCGACAGUGAUUCAGAGUCUGAUCAGCCCUACUCCGCCCGAUUAUUAAAUUACAUUGUUGGACAAGCUGUCAAGCGUCGUGAGGCAAACCGAAAAGAAAACGACGUCAGCCAUCUAAAGAAGGAACAGGCACCAGGGCCUAAUAUAGUCCAGAUCCCGGUGAUUGUUAUGCAAUGA